AUGCUGCGCACGAAAUUAACCGGAUGGGUACAGGACUUGCAAUUAGUCAGCAAACAGGUGGAGCACUACGAGGUGGAAGAAGACAAGGACGGGCCAGGGCACUUGACAAUCAGGCGGCCGCUGUUGAGUGAACGCCUGCUGCGCUAUCAGCCGUGGAGCCUCUCCUCUGACGACGACUUCAGUGCGCUGUGCAAGGAGCGGCAGCCAGAGGCGUCGCAAAUGUUCAGUCUGGCUGACGAUCUGUACGCCUUCUAUCGUGUCUACUUCUACACUACAGCUGAGUACACCGAUGCAUUCUACGAAGAUGACGUCAAGAUUGUAGACGAGGAGUGGCAGCUGGAGGACAGAAGCCACGAUACGCUCUCCGUGGACACUGACUGCGUGCAGCUGUUGGUGAACGCCCUGGACCACCCCACGUGUCCGCUGGAAGACCUGCCACUGGAAGCCGUGAAGCAGCGCGAGCAGUGCCGCGAGCAGCUGUGGGACGACGUGGUGCAGAGGUCGCCCCACAUACCCGUCACCAGCUACCUGGCCUACACGCAGAGGGCGAACGUCAACCUCUGUCUGCUGGCCUGGAUGGCGGUCAACUCGUACGGCAUUUGUCAGGACGUCCCGUUUAGUAUGAUACAAUGUAUGCUUGUGUUCGCCAUCUCAGGCUUCCUGACCAGCUACUACCUGCUGAAGUAA